AUGCUGCAACAACCAUCUUAUAUUCGCAUUCUCACCUUCGUCCACACCUCCUCCUCCACAAUAGUCGAUUGGAACAAACUUGCUGCCCAAGCUAGCUUCGAAGACGGUGCCACGGCUAAAGCCCACUACGAGCCACUUCUCAAUCGCGACCACGGCCACGGCGGCGAUAGGCCUAGAAAGCGACAGAGCCUACACGACAGUAAACCCAAGACUCUGGAGACUGAAGACGGAAACAAGCAGUAUACCCGCAACCCAUACGACCUGGAGGAUGGGGAGGUUUGA